AUGAUCAAGAGACCCAAAGAAAGUAGCAAUGAUGAUGAUAAAACUUCUUGCGUCAAAAGCAACAAAAGGCAACAAACUUCCUUAACUUCUUGGCUCAGUCCAAAACCUGCUCCUCCAAUUAAAGUUGAAGGACUUGAAAUUAAAAAUAAGGAAUUGUUAAGUUUAGAAUUGAAAACUAUUAGUAAUGAAUGGUUAAAAAUCUUGCUCAAGGAAAUUCAAGAGCCUUAUUUUAUCGAGUUGAAGAAAUUUCUUGAAGGAGAAAAAAAAAAAAAUCGUAAAAUUUUCCCACCUGAUGUUUAUAGUUGGUCAAGGAUGACACUUCCAUUUUCUGUAAAAGUUGUAAUCAUUGGUCAAGAUCCAUAUCAUGGUGUUGGUCAAGCACAUGGACUUUGCUUCAGCGUUUUAUUGUUAAAUACAUCACUUACUGUACGUGCACAUGAACCAGAAAAUGCAGUAAUUCAAUAUCUGAAUAAUAAAAAAAGUGGAUUAGUAUUUAUGCUUUGGGGAAAUCAUGCCAUAAAAAAAGGAAAGAAUAUCAACAAGGAAAAACAUUGUGUUCUACAAGCUGUUCAUCCUUCGCCAUUAUCUGCUCCUCGAGGUUUCUUUAAUUGUAAACAUUGGUCAAAAGCCAACGAAUAUUUGAAGGCUAAUGUGUAG